AUUGUACUAUCGUUGAGCGGUUCUGGAGCGGCUGCGGCAUUACUUCAUCCAAACGGAAGAAUAUAUCAGUAUGGAUCACGAGUUGAGAUCUUGGCUCAUGACGCCCACGGCAAUAACAAAUACGCAAAGAUGUGGUAUAAGGGGGUGAGCUUCACUUCAGAACAGUGCGCUCUAGUUUAUUUAGUUGAUACGGCGGGAACAAGAACGACCACGGAUUCAUUUUCAGAUAUGGGUCAGGACUUUUCUCUUAGUGUUUUUUACUCUCGUUCUCGGCAUGGUCCAGCAUGCUUGCAAGAAGCUACAGCAGCUUUAAGUGCUGCUCAAUACUGGUUAACUAACGAAGGUGUAGAAAAUUGGAUCAUUAACAAUGUUAGAGUUUCACAAACGCCUGAUGGCCUUGUCAGGAUUGCACGAAAUAGUAACAAAUAUCAAUUACGAACAUCACCCAGUAAUGGGACAGCUUCGUUAACGACACCAUUUUUACAUUGUACUGCAUCUCUUGGACAGACUUCUCAUCUUUUCGUGCGUCGUGGUGAGCGACGUAUGCAUUAUGAUGGAACUAGUUUUAUUGUACGAAACGCGGGUCACAGUGCUGGAUUUGAUGACAACAAUCAAUUGAAAGUUUAUUAAGAAAAUUUGACAUGAAUCGUUAUUACCGCAAGCUUUAUAAAUGUUUAUUAGCGGCAAUAAUAUCAUUUACAUUCAGUAUAU